AUGUGUUCAGAGGUCUUCUGGGCGGAGUUUUGUGGUCCAAUGAGGGACGAACAAAGGUGCAGUGUAACUGUUGAAGACAUGCAACCCGAUGCUUUCAGAGGACUGCUUCAUUUCAUCUACAAGGAUUCGUUGCCUCGGAUGGGUGACCUGAAUAAUGACGAGUAUGAAGAAAUUCUUAGGCAUUUGCUUGUCGAUGCAGAUAGGUAUGCCAUGGAAAGGAUGAAAUUGAUGUGCGAGAGCAAGGUGUGCGAGGUUCUAAGUGCCGAGACUGUGGGUACCACGCUAGCUCUAGCCCACCAACGCCAUUGCAGCCAGCUCAAAGAUGCUUGCAUUGAGUUUAUUAUGAACUCUUCGAAUCGAAUGGUUGAUGUGGUGGUGGCAAGUAAAGGCUAUGAGACCCUGAAAAGGGAAUGCCCUACUGUCAUUGCGGAUAUAUGGGAGAAAACAGCUAAGAGACGCAGACUUUAA